AUGAAACUCGUUCCACCUUGAACCUCGAUGUCGGUAUACGUCGAUCUGAUGGAAACUGGACCGGCUGACUGGCUAAUUUCAAUCUGUGGCACGCGAAGUGGUUCACAAGAAGAUCUGAGGACCUUGCUCUCCAUUACAUCAUCGCGUAAUGAAGGAAUUUAAGGAAAUGUUGUGCACACAUCGAAGAAAAUUUAUUAGUGCCUGACUAAGAGACACUUAACUAGCAUCAUAUAAGACUGGUCCAUGGCCCAGAUCCUCUAUGCCCUUCAACGAUCAACUAUAAAAACCCCCUGCAAGUGCAUCGUCGGCUUGCAGACCUCUACAUUUGUGCGCGAUCGCCGAUUCUUUUCGAACAUUAGUUUCCACAAGAAAUCAUCAGCGAUUAUUUCCAAGAUGUUGUUUAGAAUCGCGCACCAGAAACUAAUGAGAAGUAGCAACGUAUGCUAAAUCGCAUGCUGAUGUGCACGAUUAUCUUGUGCUUUCUACUGAUAUUUGUCGUUAUUAGUAUCAUACUGGUGUUAAUUUAUAAACCGAUUUACGUUUGGAAGAUCUACCUACCUUAUUGAAGAACCUAAGACUCUCCGUUUCUCUUCGAAAUUUUCACAUCAUUGUCAACAAUCGCAAUUUUUUGUAAUUCAAAAGCCUGAUAAAUUAUUGAGUACAAGAAAAAAAAUGAAUGGAUCAACGCAGCAAAGUGUACUUCAUAUGCUUCUGGUGCUCUCCGUGAUAACUUUGACGAGAUGCGCGUUGCUAGAGAUGUCCCAGAUUCUCUGGAAUAAGACGGUGGCCGGAGGCAUGACGAAAAUUGGCAGGUUGGACCCGUUGAGAGUGCCAUUGAUCAAGGUUGAUCAGUCCGAAGGCGACGCUAAUUACAGAGUGAUUCUGAGGAAUUUGGAGAUCGUCGGUCUUAAUGGAUCGGUCUUGGAGAGCAUCCACAUCGCUCGUGGAGAACUGAAGUCCAAUCUGAGUGAACUCCAAGCUGGAUACGUGAGCUACAGCGACCUUAGAGAUGUGGAUGCUAUCAAAUAUAGGUUUCACACUGUGAUGAGGGAGCCUAGUACGCCCAGGCAGAGUUUCGAAGCCAUCGUUUCGCCUAUCAAUCGAGCUGUUGACGUAAGACCCUCUUCGCGAUAUCAGGAUGCUCGCUUCGAUCGGUUACAGCAGGAUCAACACCGCUCUAAAACGUUCGAGCAAAGUCGGCAGUAUGAACAACAGAUACCUUACCAACCUGACGUUACUUCUAAUGUUUUUUAUAGAGGCAAUCUGAGAACAACAAGCAAUUUUCAUGCAAAUCCUGCUGGGAACAACGACAAUGUUAAGCGACCGGCUUACAUUCAGCCUAUUUAUACACAGAGAACGAAAAGUUCCCAAGGAUAUCAUGGAAGUUCGCAGAAAAAUGAAGACACGAUCGAUUGUGACAAUACAAAGCCCUCCCAAUUCAACGGAAAUCAAGGCAAUCGACAGUAUGAUCGACAAAGCGUCAAUGCCGGAUAUUAUGGAGAACGAGUCGGAGAUACUGAGAUUUCCGCAUCGGAAACAGUUGAGACUAGAUUGAAAAAUCAAGGUGGUGUAACACCUACGUUGUAUAAUGGAGAACAGUCUCGGCGAUCGAACGUCGCAUCUUCCGGCAAUGUUAAAUCGUCCAGAAACGGAAUGAUAGAACGUUCGGGUUUCAUCGAUAUUGUAUACGCGGGCAAUAAAACUAACAGCAGCGUAAAACACUUUGGCAAUCUAGGUACUGAUCUCAGAGAAAAUCGACGAGUAUACGGUAUCGACGACGUCAUGAAGAAUAUUCGGGAGAACACAAAAUUUUUCAUCUACAAUUUUACGGAAGGUGAAGCCCUAAAAAAGAGAAAUGACAUAGUUAAAGCUGCGAUAGAAGCCAAAAGAUUGAAAGAUCUAAUCAGAUAUGCAAAGAACUAUCAGGAGCAGCAAGGAUAUUUCGAAGAAGGCAUGCAGCUGAUCUAUCAUUAUGGCGGAAUAGAUGUAAAAAAUGACAGCAUCUCUCAACAAAAUCUCAAUGAUACUAGGAGAACAAAACGAGCGCAUCCUGAAGAGACAUUUGAUGACGAUGUGAUGCAUGUGAUUUUGAGAAUACGCGUUCCGUUGCUUCAAGUAAAGUCUCAGUAUACGCUUAUGGGAAAAGUGGGGAAAGAGAUGUUACGUGGCAACGGUCUGCUUACCGGAAACUUUACCGAUGUAGUGGGCGACUUUACGCUGGAACUAAAGAAGAUCAAUGAAGAAUUAAUCGUUCGUACUGCUAAAGCGAAACUAUUCGCAAAGGAUAAGAAAGUCAAUUUUCAAGAUAUAAAUGAAGAGGGACCGAUGCAAGCUAUUCUCAAGCAUGGUUUAAUGGCUGCGGAGGCAGUCGCUGCGAUGCUCGCCGACGACUUCGCGACCAAGGGACUCAGUGAGAGGACGGCCGACGCAUUGAUCUACAGGAUGUAUAAGGAUUUACCAGUCAAUUAAUCAGUCUGUCUGAUUGCUCGAGGCAAUCGAGGACUUUACUUCAUUUUCCUGCUUGCCGAUCAUGUUUUAUUUUAUAUACAGAUUUAUUUCUUCACUUUAUUUUCUUAGUAGUACAAGUAU